CGCGCACCCCCCCACACCGCGCUCCGGGCGCCCUCGCGGGAGGCUCUGACGGACGAGGCGCGGCGCCGGAACAUUCCGCUCGUGGACCAGCGGGGCGCGGAGCGAUGCUGCGGGUGCGGUGCCUGCGCGGUGGGAGCCGCGGCGCCGAGGCGGUGCACUACAUCGGGUCUCGGCUUGGAAGAACCUUCACAGGAUGGGUGCAGCGAACUUUCCAGAGCACCCAGGCAGCUGCAGCAUCUCCCCAGAACUCUUGUGCAGCUGAUGACAAGGUCACAGAACCUCUGCCCAAGGACUGCCCUGUGUCCUCUUACAACGAAUGGGACCCACUGGAGGAAGUGAUCGUGGGCCGAGCAGAAAAUGCCUGUGUUCCACCAUUCACCGUGGAGGUGAAGGCCAAUACCUAUGAAAAGUACUGGCCAUUUUACCAGAAGCAUGGAGGCCAUUCUUUUCCCAAAGAUCAUUUGAAAAAGGCUGUUGCUGAAAUUGAAGAAAUGUGCAAUAUUUUAAAAAUGGAAGGAGUGACAGUGAGGAGGCCUGACCCUAUAGACUGGUCAAUGAAGUAUAAAACUCCUGACUUUGAGUCUACAGGUUUAUAUGCUGCAAUGCCUCGAGACAUCCUGAUAGUUGUGGGGAAUGAGAUUAUCGAGGCUCCCAUGGCUUGGCGCGCUCGCUUCUUUGAGUACCGGGCAUAUCGCUCAAUUAUCAAAGACUACUUCCACCGCGGAGCCAAGUGGACAACGGCUCCUAAGCCCACCAUGGCUGAUAAGCUUUAUGACCAGGAUUACCCCAUUCAUUCUGUAGAAGACAGACACAAAUUGGCUGCUCAAGGAAAGUUUGUAACAACUGAGUACGAGCCAUGCUUUGAUGCUGCUGACUUCAUUAGAGCUGGAAGAGAUAUUUUUGCACAGAGAAGCCAGGUUACAAACUACUUGGGCAUUGAAUGGAUGCGUAGGCAUCUUGCUCCCGACUACAGAGUGCAUAUCAUCUCCUUUAAAGACCCCAAUCCAAUGCAUAUUGAUGCAACUUUCAAUAUCAUUGGACCUGGUCUUGUGCUUUCCAACCCUGACCGACCAUGUCAUCAGAUUGAUCUUUUCAAGAAGGCAGGAUGGACCAUAGUUACUCCGCCAAUACCAGUCAUCCCAGAUGAUCACCCACUCUGGAUGUCAUCCAAAUGGCUUUCUAUGAAUGUUUUGAUGCUAGAUGAAAAGCGGGUUAUGGUGGAUGCCAAUGAAGUCCCAAUUCAAAAGAUGUUUGAAAAGCUAGGUAUCCGUACCAUAAAGGUGAAUAUCCGCAGUGCCAACUCACUGGGAGGAGGUUUCCACUGCUGGACCUGUGAUAUCCGGCGCCGAGGCACCCUGCAGUCCUACUUUGACUGACUAAGCCUGCUAGGGUCGUGGCUAGGCCUCAAAUAGAUCUAGGAUAUGUAGGGACAAAGUUCACUCUCCCACUUUAAAGAAAAUGCAUGAACUGUAGUGCUUUAAACAAUCAUAUCCUUAACAGGGUUCUUCAACCUGGUUUGUUUUUAUUAUUUUCUUCAAUGUAAGGAAAAUUACUUGUGCUGCAGAUUAUUCUGACCUCCUAAAUUUAUUUACUGCUUGGCUUCAAGUGAAAAAUUUGAUAAAUAUGUAUCAAGAUAGAAAAUAGUCAUUUGAGUAACUUGGCCGCUAAUAUUUAACCAUCUACCUCUGUUUUUAAUUAUCUUUCCAAAAGGCAGCUUGAAAUAUUGGUCCUAAUCUUAAUUUUUCCUCCUUUUUGCCAGACUUGUGAAUGUUUGUAUCACUCCUUUUUUCUAAAUGAGAGAAAAGCUUAGAUAAUAUACAGCUCCUAAGUAGAACCAGCUAAUUGUCUCUUUUUCUAAUAUAAAAUUUUUGCCUUUAAAAAAGUAACUUAGACUAUGCAAAUACUAAGUGAAUUUUUAUAAAUGUUUUUAAUAUUCUCAUCAUUGGUGACAUUUGCUACUAAAAUCUUUUCAUACAACUUACCUCAUUUCAAUUUUUCACCUCUUUUUCUUCUCUUUCAAAAACUCUACAAAAAUGUUUUACGCAUUAGAAUGCAACUAUCAAUUCCCAUACCUAAAUUUCAGUGUUCAUUAGCUAAUAGAGAGACUGCAUCUUUGAUAAUCUAGGAUUUGUAUACAAGAUGUGCAGAUUAUUUAAAGCAAAAACUUUUAAAGUAUUAAAAAAAACUAAUGGAAGUAAAAUAUACAUUGCCAUAGUUAAAAAACCUACAUAAAAUAAUUUAAGGUUGGAUAAUGGACAUGUAUUUUUAUUCUAAUAAAAUUUUGUGUUACAGAA